UUGCAAAAUCCUCUUUCAGCACCAGAGCAGAGGAGAAGUCUGCCCUGCACUGACGCAGCCCAGAGAUGUUGCCCAGCAAGUGGCUGCCACUUUGGCUAGCAUGGAUGGGGGCUUUGGUCACCCUCAGCCAACAAUCUCCAAGGUUGCUGAUGGUCGCCCCCAGCGUGGUGCCUGUGGGGGCAGAAGUGGCAAUCGUGCUUCAGGUCGAUGGAGCCUCCUCCUCCAGGUUUUCGGGCACCCUCUAUUUCCAGAACGAGAAUACAGGGGUGAAAUGCUCUGUUGAGGAGCCGUUUAAUCUUCAGCCCAACGAUUUCUUGCAGAGAAUCACACUGAAGGUGACCCACGAACUCUUCUCUCAAUGCGGACUAUCUCAACAGAGAAGGGACCGUUACAUUCAACUUGUUGCCCGCAGUGGUUCCAAUCCUGCCCAAACCCUCAACCUGCGUUGGAGCACCCAGAGAGGGUACCUGUUAGUGCAGACCGACAAGCCUAUCUAUACCCCUCGGCAGAAGGUGAACUACCGAGUCUUUGCCUUGGACCACAAGCUGCGGCCAAGUUCUGAGCCUGUCAUUAUCACUGUGCAGAAUCCGCGGGGUCUUCAAGUCCGGAGAGAUCAGCGUGCUGCACUCAACUUUGUGAUCAGUGAUCACAUCAGUAUCCCAGAUAUUUCAGAGCCUGGCAUUUGGCGUAUCACAGCCCAGUUUGCCGAUACUUUGGAUUCCAACACCACCACAGAGUUCGAGGUGAAAAAAUAUGUGCUUCCUAAUUUCGAGGUGACGAUCGUUCCACAACAGAAAUAUAUCCUCGUCUCCGGACAGCAGGACUUUGAGUUGCAAAUUGAUAUUCAGGCUAAGUUUUUCUAUGGGAAGGGGGUCACUGGAACAGCUUAUGUGCGGUUUGGAGUAAGCGAUGAUGAUGGAGCAAAAUUUUACAUCCCAGGACUGGAGAAACGAGUUCCAGUAAUCGAUGGCCACAGUUCGGUAUCACUGACACGCAGCCUCCUGUCAGAAAAACUGGGGCGUCCUCUGCAGGGGCUGACUGGAACAACACUCUUCAUUGCAGCCACUGUCAUAGAGACAGCAAGUGGAGAGAUGGAGGAGCAAGAACUCGCCUCUGUGAAAUUUGUGGAAUCACCGUAUUUGCUGGACCUCUCCAAAACCAAGAAGUAUUUUGUACCUGGGGCACCAUUUGAAGUGCUGGCUACUGUUUCACUCUCGGAUGGCACACCUGCUUCCCACCUCCCAGUCCAUUUCUCCACCCAGAUACCUGAGGGGCCAUCCCCUGAAAACACUCGAGUAGACACCAACAGCCAUGGGCUUGUGAAAUACAGGAUCAACAUGCCCAUCGGAGCACAGACUGUCAAGUUUAUGAUAACAGCGGGGAUGGAGGCUCCAGCAGAAGCCACUCUAACUGUCACAGCCAUGAAGUCCCCGAGGGGCAGAUACUUGAUCAUCGACAGCCCAAAGCACCAAGACUUGAACCCUGGAGAGACCCUCGAUCUGGGGCUGAAACAUGUCGGAACAGAUGACUUCUCUAACUUCUACUACCUGAUUUUGAACAAAGGUGACAUUGUCUUUGCCAGCAGUGUGGCCCGUGGCUCUUUUACUGUGGUCCCCAUCCGCAUCACGCCCAACCUGAUGCCAGCGUUUCGGGUUGUGGCCUUUUACCGUGUGGGGGAUGAGGUUGUGGCAAACUCCAUCUGGGUGGAUGUAGUUGACACCUGCGAAGGGAAGCUGCGUCUCAGCACAAAAGAAAAAGCCAGCCAGCUGCGACCCCAAGAUGUCCUGAGACUCACCGUCACUACCGACGAGAGAUCUUCCGUCUCGCUUGUUGCUGUGGACUCAGCUGUCUACGCCCUCAAUCGGAAGAAUCGCCUCACUCAGGGCAAGGUCUUCCAGGCCAUGGGAAGUUAUGAUCUGGGCUGCACAGCUGGCAGUGGGGAAAACACCCUGGGAGUCUUUGCUGAUGCUGGACUCUCCCUCCGUGCAGGCAACCUGAACAGCCCACUCCGAGAAGCCCAUGGGUGCAAUGCGAAAGCUUCCCGGAAGAAGCGUUCAUUGCAGAUCCAGAUCCAACUCCAGGAGAGGCUUUCCAACUAUUCUGCCUCCGAGUUUCAGAGCUGCUGUCGGGAUGGCAUGGUGCUGAUUCCCAUGCCCUUAACGUGUGAGCAACGGGCCAAGCGGAUCGAGGGAGAGUGCCGUACUGCCUUCCUUGACUGUUGCCGAUAUGCUGCUAAACUACGACGCCAAUCUGGGGGUGCCCGUGGUCUUGCAAGGACUCAAGACCUAGAGGAGGAAGAGGAUUUUUUCGAUGACGAAUUCCUUCAAAUCCGGAGCGUCUUCCCUGAGAGCUGGCUGUGGAAAACAUACACUGUGGACACAACACGGACGGAAACGUUGCUGCUUCCUGACUCCAUCACCACUUGGGAGAUCCAGGCAGUGAGCAUGUCACUUGGCAAAGGGAUCUGCGUCUCAGAACCUCUUCAGAUUAAAGUCUUCCAAGAGUUCCACAUCUCUCUGAGGCUGCCGUACUCGGUGAAACGUUUUGAACAGAUAGAGCUGCGCCCAGUUCUGUACAAUUACCUGCCUGACCCCAUCAAGGCCUUAGUCUAUCUGGAGCCCGCUGAGGGCAUCUGCUCUCCAGCCACAGUGGGCCCAGCAAGGAAGCAGCAGGUGGAGGUGCCAGGGAACUCGGCAGUCCCCGUCCCAUUUGUUCUGGUACCCAUGGGAGCGACCAACAUCCCCAUCACAGUCGUUGCCCAUGGAGGCUGGGGGGCUGGGGACAAGGUGACGAAGCUGCUACGGAUUGAGAGAGAGGGAGCUGUUCAGCUGGAAGAAUACACCAUCCCCCUGGAUAUCACAGACGGCCGUGCCAGAUCUGUGGAUAUUUUGGGAGAGAUACCGUCCAAUGCCAUUCCUGAUGGGGACUUUAAGAUGAAUGUUCGAUUGACAGGACAUGUGCCAACCGACACUCUGGAGAGUUCUCUGUCGCCUGAAGGCCUGUCGUCACUGCUGCGGGUUCCACGGGGAUGCGCUGAACAAACCAUGAUCUAUAUGGCUCCAGGUCUCUAUGCCAUGCACUUCCUGGACCAAACAGAGCAGUGGCUGAAGCUCAAACCAGACAGCAAAGAAAAUGCACUGGAGAAUCUCCGCACAGGCUACGAGCGAAUCCUCACUUUCCGGAAGUCAGAUGGGUCAUACGGAGCUUGGAUCCAUACCCCGAGUAGUACCUGGCUGACGGCUUUUGUGGUGAAAGUUUUGUCUCUGAGCCGUCAGUACCAGACUGUGGACGAAGGCAAGAUCCGGGAGUCGGUGCAGUGGCUGCUGAAGAAACAACAGUCUGAUGGCUCCUUUGUCGACUCAAAUCCUGUCUAUCACCGGGAUAUGCAGGGUGGUGUUGGUGGUCUUCGUGGGGGAGCUUCACUCACUGCAUUCGUCACCAUCGCACUUCAGGAGGCCUUGGUCUUGUUCAAAGGACAGGAGUCAGACCCAGCGAAGGAGCAACUCAUACAAGUGAAACUUGGCCUGCUUAAUGCCACCUCCUACCUGGCCCGCUCGCUGAAUGAUCCUUCUCUGGGUUCCUACCCUGUUGCCAUCUCCAGUUACGCCCUCUCCAUUGCGUCGCAUGACCAGUCGGCCAUCACUUCUGCAGACACCCUCCUGAAAACACUCGCUACACGGGAUCAAAAUGACACGGAGAUACACUGGGCAGUGGACCAAGGGGCCUCGGCCAUCUCUGUGGAGGCCACAGCCUAUGGGCUGCUCUUCCUAGUGAAGCAAAAGGACACCGUAACAGCUGGGAAAGUGGCUAAAUGGCUGACAGAGCAGAGGAAUUAUGGAGGAGGCUUCAAAUCAACACAGGACACCGUGAUAGCGCUGGAAGCUCUGUCCCAGUACUGGAUCAGCACCUUUGACGAAGAAGGCAAUGAAUUGAAAGUAACCCUCACCUCUCCUGGGAGAAGCUUGCCGACACGAGUCUCCCUUGGGAGGUCAGAUGACCCAGUCCAGGAAGAGCUGCAGUUUUCCUUGGGGAGUGACAUCCAUGUAAAGGUGGAAGGGAAAGGGAAAGGGACUUUGACUGUCCUGAAGCAGUUUAAUGUCAUGACCGUGCAGAACACCUCCUGCCAAACCCUCGGCUUAAAGGUGGAAGUGACCGGCUCAGUUCGCCGAGAUGCAACAUUAAGUGAGUACUACUAUGAGGAUGAAGACUAUGGCACUGAAGAAUCAAGGCCACCGUCGCUGCCUGCUGACCAGCCACUCUCACCCAUCCAGUUAUUUGAUGCCCGCCGGCGCCGCAGGAGAGAAGCCAAAGGUCCCGACCAGCUGCGAAGAGACGUCACUUACAAUGUCUGCAUCUGGAGGCAACCAGGGGCCCUCGUCUCAGGCAUGGUCGUCGCUGACAUCACCAUGCUCAGUGGCUUCCAACCGGACCAGGAUGACCUCGACAAGCUGCGAGAUCUCGCCGACCGGUACAUCAGCCAUUGGGAGAUCCAAGGGCAACGGCUGCUGCUGUACUUUGACACGGUGCCAGAAUCAGGCCAGGAAUGUAUCUCCUUUGGAGCAAAACAGCUGGUCCCUGUGGGAAAACUCCAGCCCACAAGUGCCUCCCUCUAUGACUUCUAUGAACCAGAGAAGCGCUGCAGCAUCUUCUAUAGCGUACAGAACAGGGACCAGUUUGUGUCGGCGUUGUGCUCAGACGAUGUCUGCCAAUGCGCAGAAGGUGCCUGUCCACGCUUGAAGCGAACUCUUCAGGAACCCAUUACAGAAGACACCCGCAUGCAGUUUGCGUGCUACAGUCCCCGUGUCCACUAUGCGUUCCGGGUUCAAGUGGAAAGUGAGAGUCAAGAAAGUGCCUUCCGUGUCUACAGAGUUAAAAUCCUGGAGCCCUUGCAGUUCACUGCAGACAUGGGGGUCUCCACUGACCAGACCCGACGUUUCGUGGUCCGCGCAGCAUGUCGGACACGCCUGGAUCCAAACAAAGAAUAUCUUCUAAUGGGACGUGACGGAGAAACGCGGGACUCUGACGGCCGCCCCCAGUACCUGCUGGAUAUGAACACCUGGGCGGAGGAGCUGCCUCUAUCUAAAGACUGCAAGGCCACCAGGAAUCGUAACAAAUGUAUCGGCCUCCAGGAUUUCAUGAGUGCCUUUGCUGAGAAUGGCUGCCGUGUCUGAACCAAGAACUGGACCAGAAUCCCAUGUGCGCGUGCGCUCUGUCUCCCUGGAUCAUCUGCAACUUUGUCUCUGAAUGGAGCUACGGAUGCCAAAAUCCCGUAAUUCCUGUAUUUCUUCUCAUCUGAUGCUUUGAGGGAUCUGAGAACACAAUGAAGAGGCCUGAUGAACCAGACCAAGGGUUUCUCUCGGGUGGCAUUUCAGUUGCCAGUGGGGGGCUUACAAGUGGAACAUGGACACUACAAUCCAGAGACAGACAUGGUGCCUUUUAGGUAUCAUGGCCGACUGACCUGACCAAUAGGAGUUCUCAAACCUCAUCUUUCAGCCUCCUCUUUCUGAAUGCAGUUCGUAUUACUGUGGGUUAAUAGCAUAGGAUAAAUUUACAAACUUUUCUUCAUUCUUGCACAUGUGCAUUAAUGUCAAGCCAUCCUGCAAUAAACGGGUCAUAUUUUU